AUGAAAGAGCUUGGAGAACUUAAGCAUUUUUUGGGACUUGAGCUAAAAGAAAUAAGCGACGGUCUUUUAUUGUGUGAGUCAAAAUAUGCUAAAGAUCUAUUGAGGAAAUAUGGCAUGAUUGACUGCAAGACUUUAUCGAUUCCAAUUGAAGCAAACGCCAAGAUAUGUGCUCAAGAUGGAAAAGACUUGGAGGAUGCAACUAUCUACAGACAGCUGGUCGGAAGCCUAAUCUACCUAACCCUAACACGGCCAAACAUUUCAUAUGCAGUGGGAAUUGCAAGUCGAUUCAUGGAGAAACCAAAGAAGCCACUCCUUGAGUUAGUCCGACGUAUACUAAGGUAUGUAAAAGGAUCUAUCGACUAUGGACUUUUCUAUCAAAGGAAUAAAGAUAUAGAAAUUGUUGGCUAUUACGACGCGGACUAUGCCGGAUGUGGUGAUACGAGAAGGUCCACUAUUGGGUAUGUGUUCAAGUUUGGGUCGGCUGCAAUAUCAUGGUAUAGCAAAAGACAACUGACAGUGUCCCUAUCAAUAGCAGAGGUCGAGUACCGAGCAGCAGCAAUGGCAGCUCAAGAAAAGGUGCUCAAAGGAGAGAUAGAGAUGAAGCACGUUGGUAAAAAAGUGAGCAAAGCUCCCAAGAUUCAAAGGCUGGUGACCCCACUGACUCUGCAGAGGAAGAGAGCUAGAAUUGCUGACAAGAAGAAGAGGAUAGCCAAGGCAAAGUCAGAAGCUGCCGAGUAUCAGAAGCUUCUUGCUAGUCGCUUGAAGGAACAAAGGGAAAGGCGUAGUGAGAGCUUGGCCAAGAGGAGGUCGAAACUUUCUGCAGCCUCUAAGCCGUCUGUUGCUGCUGCUUAA